CUCAGUGGAGAAGAGCGUUUUCAGCUUGUGAGGCAUGUACACAACAAGUGUGCUGGAAGAGUGCCGGUUGUUGCGGGCGGAACAUUUAGAGACUGCGGCUCAUUGGAAAAACAAGCCCAAUUUAUGCUGAAGAUAUCCGCACAUUGUGAAGCUGUCGUCAUUGUCGUCAAUCAACUAGCUACUCAAGACGAGGAUGAUGCCGUGUGGAUGCAGCGUGUCCAGCAAUUGAUGAACUUGACAGGAGAUCUUGCACUCGGCAUCUAUGAGAGCCCACUUCCGUAUCAUAGGACGCUCACACCAAGUAUGGUGGAAUGGCUGGCUUCGUCGGGCCGCAUUCGGUUCUACAAGGACACAAGUCUCCAUCUCACGGCAAUGGCGGGGAAGUUGACGGCCGCUCGCAGGGUCGAUCCCCACUUUCGCUUCUUCACAGCGAAAGCCGUGUUCUCAUUGAAGUGUCUGCGCAGUAAUGGCAGUGGUUAUAGUGGCAUUGCUGCAAACUUCUUCCCAUGGCUGUUUGUCUGGCUGUGUGAGAACCACGCCAAGAGGCCACAGGAUGCCGAGAGAGUGCAGCGCUUUCUGACCUUGGCGGACUUCACGCUGCGGUUCAAGUACCCAGUGUCAGCCAAAGCUUAUCAUAGAUUGAUGUACGGACUGGAAAUCACACCGGCUGUACGAAUACAGACACCAACGCUAGAUUCAAUUCUCACGGAGACCGAGAUUGCCAAACUGAAGUACAUGCACGAGGCCAUGCUGAAGAUGACGUCAUCGUUGGGAGUGCAGCAUCACUGCAGUUCAGACUUCUACAGGGAGGCGUGAUUGCCCGCUCCGUCGGCGUGAUCGUCCGCUCCGGUUGGCGCGAUUGCCCGCUCCGGUCGGCGUAGUUGCACGCUCCGGUCGGCAUAACUGCCCGCUCCGGUCGGCGUAAUUGCACGCUCCGGUCGGCGUGAUUGCACGCUCCGGUCACCGUAACUGCCCACUCCGGUCGGCGUAGUUGCACGCUCCGGUCAGCGUAACUGCCCGCUCCGGUCGGCGUAAUUGCCCGCUCCGGUCAGCGUAACUUCCCGCUCCGGUUGGCGUAAUUGCACGCUCCGGUCGGCGUAACUGCCCGCUCCGGUCAGCGUAAUUGCCCGUUCCGCGUAACUGCCCGCUCCGGUCGACGUAAUUGCACGCUCCGGUCAGCGUAACUGCCCGCUUUGCCCGGCGUAAUUGCACGCUCCAGUCGGCGUAACUGCCAACUCCGGUCGGCGUGAUUGCCCGCUCCGGUCGGUGUUCCGUAUCUGCUGCUCCUCCGUGUGCACUCAGCACUUAUGUGGCAGCAUUUCCCUAGCCUAGAGAGGUCCAUAGUUAUUAGGCUUAUGCCUGUUUUGAUCCCCCUCCCCCCCCCCCCCCUCUCUAUAUAAAGUAUACAACAGGAACAACCACAAAACAAGGAUGUAGUGUUUCUCUGACUGAUGUCGUUCUCCCUUAUCCUAUUGAGUUGAGUAGUAGUGCUGUAGGGAACCUAACUCUAUUCUAGUACAGAACGAUCUGGCUCUUGUUUGCAAGUCUAGCCUGCCUUACAGUGGACAGAAAGGAAUGAAGAGGUACUCUCGUACUCCGAGUGAGUUGCAGCAGCUUCAGAGACAGCUCAAUGUAACUAAGGACAGCUUACAGAUUUCCUAUCCCUUGAUCGUGCACGCGUACAACUCCAUGAUACAGCAAUUACAACUUUUAUAAUUUGACCUAGAAUCUUCAGCUGCAUUUAUACAUGCAUGUACAUGUAUGUAGAAAAACAUUUUCUCAGGUUCACAGACUCUACUGAAGCUAAUUCAUCCGUUAUGUCUUCAAUAUUAAUUCCAUUUUGAUUCUGUUACUCUUCAACAAUUUCCAGAAUAGUCUGAAUUCCUUCAACAAGAACACUGGGUGUUAUGCAGUGAAACCCUGUCUAAGACGACCGCUCAAGGGACCUUCAAAGUGCGGUCUCUGUUACCAGGUGGUCUCCUUAUCCAGGGUCAUUUGACUGGAAAUAGCAUCCCUUGGUCCUGGUUUCAGUGGUCGUCUGAGACAGGUGGUCGCCUUAUCCGAGUGGUCGCCUUGACAGGUUUUUACUGUAUUGUGAACCUGUGCCCAUUAUUUUUGCACUUUUCCCUACCUUGUCCAGAUUGCUUGGCAUGGUCCUUUCUACUUCGA